UUUGAAGAUGAGACCAUGAAGCUUCGACAGCUGAAACUAGAUAAUCAGAGAGCACUCCUGGAGAAGAAGCAAAGGAAAAAGCGCCUUGAGCCACUCAUGGUACAGCCAAAUCCAGAAGCGAGGCUGCGUCGCCCGAAGCCACGAGGCAGUGAGGAGCACACUCCUCUAGUGGGACCUCAUGCUCCUCACAGCGAUGUCAUCCUACAUGGUAUCUCAGGUAGUUUGAAUUUUGAUGAAGAAGAGACCGACAGUGAGGAAGAAGGAAAAAAAUUAACAUCCCGUCCAACAUAUUCAGACACAGAGAGGCCCAAUUCUGCAUCCAGCCAGAAAUCAGCCACAGAAACAGGAGCUUCCAGCACUGCAGCCCAACAGGCUGACCACCAGCUGGGUGAAGUGGGGAAUCUAGCAGACUUCGCAUAUAGUCCUGCUCCUCGAGGUGUCACAGUAAAGUGUCGGAUAACCAGGGAUAAAAAAGGAAUGGAUCGGGGUCUCUUCCCGACCUACUAUAUGCAUUUGGAAAAAGAUGAAAAUCGGAAGAUAUUUCUUCUUGCAGGUAGAAAGCGGAAAAAGAGCAAAACAUCCAACUACCUUAUCUCCACUGACCCAACAGACUUAUCUCGCGAAGGUGAAAGUUACAUUGGUAAACUCAGAUCUAACCUCAUGGGGACCAAGUUUACAGUUUAUGACCACGGUGUCAGCCCAGUCAGGGCCCAGGGUCUGGUGGAAAAGGCCCACACACGCCAGGAGCUGGCCGCCAUCUGCUAUGAAACAAAUGUUCUUGGAUUUAAAGGUCCUAGGAAAAUGUCUGUGAUCAUUCCAGGGAUGAACAUGAAUCAUGAACGGAUUCCAUUUCGACCACGAAAUGAUCAUGAGGGCUUGCUUUCGAAAUGGCAAAACAAGACCAUGGAGAACUUGAUUGAAUUGCACAACAAGGCCCCAGUGUGGAACGAUGACACCCAGUCCUACGUCCUGAAUUUCCAUGGCCGGGUGACCCAGGCAUCUGUGAAGAACUUUCAGAUAGUCCAUGGAAAUGACCCCGACUAUAUAGUCAUGCAGUUUGGACGAGUGGCAGAUGACGUGUUCACACUGGACUACAACUACCCACUGUGUGCACUUCAGGCCUUUGCCAUUGGGCUUUCUAGCUUUGACAGCAAGCUAGCAUGUGAAUGAAAGUGGAUGGAGCACAGAGCUGGGCUUCCUCACAGCAGAGCUUUCAGGAGCACAUAGUCACCGCCCUUGCCUUUGCACCAGGAUGUGAAAAGCUCCCUUUGGAAUGAUCCCUGAGUGUAUGUAUGUGUGUGUGAAUAUGUAUGUGUAUAGGUUCUCUCUCUCUCCCUGCCCCUCUGCCUCCCUUUCCUGGGUUUCAUAGCGGUGGUCAGGGAUCACAGCUUAGCAUGGGUGAGAGAUUGCUUAAAGCAUAGAGAGGAUUUUGUCACAUUGGUGACCCAUGACAUUAUUGCCCAACAGAUUCUGUGCCUCAAGAGUGAAGUUUCCAGUGCUUGGAAACUUGUAGUAGAAUCAGGUUCUAAUGAUUAAAUGCUUGGGUCUUUUUUUAUUUUUUCCAGAUAGUUUUAUUU